AUGGAGCAGAAGGAAGGGAAGCCCUCUGAGGAUGGGACCAUGGUGGCCCCAACCACAAAAGACUGUGGGACACCAGGAGCUGAGGCCCCUGCUGAGGAGACAAUCAAAGGCACAGCUGAAACAACCAUCACAGAAGGGCCUCCAGGUGGGGCAAGAGAACAGGGAACAGCAGCAUUGGAAGAUGGCAUUUCAGCGGAAUCCCAUGGGGUAUUAAAUGGGUCAGAAGAGGCCAAGGUGGAACUGAAGAAAGAGGCAGGUGAGAAAGAGGAAGCCAAGGGUGACUUUGUAGAAGAGGCAGAUGGCCAGGAAGAGGCCACGGUGACUUCUCAGGAGGAGACUGACAGGAAAGAAGAGACCAAACAUGAACCUGGGGAGGUGAAGGAAAAAGAAGAGGCCACACUGGCCCCAGAGAAACAGCAGGCUGACGAGAAAGAAGUCCAUCUUGACUCUAAAAAGAAAGCUGACGUGAAUGAUAAAGCCACUCCUGAACCCGAAGAGGCCGUAGGGGAGGAGACUACUGACAGAGACUCCAAGACUGACUCUGAGAAGAAAGUUGAUGUGAGAGAUGAGGUCAAGGCCCAACCUCAGGAGGGUGAUGAGAAUGAGGCCAAAAGUGGUGCAAAGGCAUUGCUGGUGAGUGAGACAAAAAAGAGAUUCUUGGGGCUGGAGCCAGGGAGUCCUGUGGAAGAAAAGGCACAGGAUGUGGAGAAAGAGUUGGAGGAAGGGGCAGCAGUGAGUCCCAGCUCCCCUGAGGAGGGGCCCAAGAGCCCCACAGAUGAAAAUCACAGCUUCAGCCCAGAUGAGCUGGACCCAGAUUCAGUGGCUUCCGGAGAGACCAGUCCUUCCGCCAGUGAGUCUUCGCCCAGCGAUGCGCCCCAGAGUCCCGAGGAAGCCCCUCCCUCAGAGAAGAAGGGGAGGGCACCGGAGCGCAGGGUGCCGGCCCCGGCCCGGCCCCGGGGACCCCGUGCACAGAACCGCAAAGCCAUCGUGGACAAGUUCGGCGGGGCAGCCUCGGGCCCCACUGCCCUGUUCCGGAACAAGACUGCCGCCGGGGCGGCCAUCGGCGGGGUCAAGAGCAUGCUCUUGGAGUGGUGCCGGGCCAUGACGAGAAACUAUGAGCACGUGGACAUCCAGAACUUCUCCUCCAGCUGGAGCAGCGGCAUGGCCUUCUGCGCGCUCAUCCACAGGUUCUUCCCCGAAGCCUUCGACUACGCGACGCUGGACCCCGCGGAGCGCAGGCACAACUUCACCCUGGCCUUCUCCACCGCCGAGAAACUGGCUGACUGUGCCCAGCUGCUGGAGGUGGAUGACAUGGUACGGCUGGCAGUGCCCGACUCCAAGUGUGUCUACACUUAUAUUCAGGAGCUAUACCGCAGCCUCGUGCAAAAAGGACUGGUGAAGACCAAGAAGAAAUGAGUGGACUGGCCAUGUGGGUAGAGGCAACAGGAUCCAGCUGAUGGUGUUGGCUUCAAGGUCCUUUCUUCUUCACCAGGCAACAGAACCUGGACCAGGAAGGGGACAGGUGGCAUCAGUCUCAAUGACAUUAAUAGUACUUUUCCAAAACCCACCUUGUUCCUCUAUGAUCUCUACUGGCCAAGAAUUCAAUAGGCAGUGGCUAAAAGUAAAAAUUUUAAAACCUAGCAUCGGGACUGGAGAGAUGGCUUAGCAGUUAAGGCUUUGCCUGCAAAGCCAAAGGACCUCAGUUGGAUUCCCCAGGACCCACGUAAA